ACUCUGCGGCACAUCGUGUAGCAGAGUACCGUUGUCCUCACGGACACUGAUUUACAAACCGGUUUGACUGGUAUUGUUUGUUAGAGCGUAUAGUGAGAUACGUAAGAGGAUUAGAUACAUGUUUAAAUCAGUUCUAGCGAUACUCUCUUGUGGCGACAUCGUUAUACUCUCACCAGUAAGAAAUGGAUGCAAACAUCGAUGAACGCGUUGAGCAGAAGUUACGAGAGCACAGAUCGUCUUUGUUGACGGACAUGGAGAAAAUAAUAACUAAGAUAAGUGAUAAUAAUGCUCAAAAAUUUUCAAAUUUAUUAAAUGCUGGAAUUCCAAAAUUUAAGAGAAAGUCAAACGAAGAACAGUACAAGUACAAUAGCAAAGUAGGCGUAGCUUUGGAUGAAGCUGAGUCAUUGUUAUCUGACGAAAAAACGGACGAAUGUAGUAGGAAAAUAGCAGAAGCAAAAGACCUGGUUUUACACCGGCAAAAGUUAAUACGACUGGCUGACAAUUCGGAAUUGGGAUGGAGAGUCGUACACGAGUACGAAUGUAAUCCUCUUGCCGACAACUCGGAUGACGAAAAGCGUAUGAUGCAGGCCGAAUCAAGGGCCAAUCGAAAGUUCAAGGCAGAGAAGAAGCGUUCGACACGCCGAUCUUGGCCAUACAGGAGACCCACGUCUACCGUCACGGCUCCACAGGCGACAGUCGCAUCGACCACGCCCACGCAACCUAGACGUCCCGGGCUUUGUUUUGAUUGUGGCAAGCCCGGACAUUGGAAAGGAGCGCCGGAAUGCGCAGCAAAGGCUUCCAAUAACAAGAUGAGUAUAAAUUUGUUAUGUACAUUAGAUCAGAAAAAUGACGGGCAGUCUAAAAUUAUGGGUCCGGAAGAGCCCACUGAAACCUUAUCUCCUGUAGGUAGGUUGAAAGAAAAGUAUCAUAAAUGGAAAGAGGCAACUGGAAGUGAUUACAUAUUGAAUGUUAUUGAUAAAGGAUAUAAAUUACCCUUUAAAACAAUUCCGGAAGGAACAAUACUUAAAAAUAAUCGUUCAGCCAGAGAAAAUGUUUCGUUUGUAGAGCAAGAAAUUCAAGAUUUAUUAGAUAAAGGUAUAAUAUCAAAAUCAGAAAAAACACCAAAGGUAGUCAACCCCCUCACUGUAGCUAUAAAUAAAAAAGGGAAAAAGAGAUUAGUUUUAGAUUGCAGAUAUAUAAAUCCCCAUUUACACCAAUUCAAAAUUAAAUUUGAGGAUAUAAAAAUAGCAGAGAAAUUAUUCGAAAAGAACUCCUUUUUAUUUACAUACGACUUAAAAGGAGCUUAUCAUCAUAUUGACAUUUUUUAUGAGCACAGAACUUAUCUAGGGUUUUCGUUCCCUGAGAACGGGUCCAAAAAAUAUUACGUGUUUAAUUCUUUACCAUUCGGAAUAAAAACAGCUGGGCACAUAUUCACAAAACUGUUGAGAAUAGUUGUUUCAUAUUUGAGAUGCAAAGGACACAAAAUCAUUAUGUUUUUGGAUGAUGGUAUAGGCGGUCAUAACUCUCUUAUGAAUGCAAUCACUUCCAGUGAUUAUACAAAACAAACUUUCAUUGAUUUUGGGUUUUUACUAGCACACGAGAAAUGCGAAUGGGUACCGAAACAAAAGGUAACGUGGCUUGGUCAUGUGUUAGAUGUGGAACAUAAUCUAUUGUUCAUUACUGAAAAUAGAAUACGGGGAUUAGAGUCUUCCAUAGAAUCUCUUCUAUAUCAGGUCAGUAUAUCAAAACAUAAAUUAGUACCUGUUAGAUAUCUCGCAAGUGUCGUAGGACAGAUCACUUCUGUACAAAGUGUCAUAGGUAACAAAGUACGGCUUUUAACCAGAUAUUUAUUUAAUUGUAUUAAUUCUAGAGCCAGCUGGAAUGCUCCAGUAAUGAUCACAGAAAACGCAAUUGACGAAUUACAAUACUGGAGACAAAACGUACGUUCUUUAAACAAAAAUGGUAAAAACAUUGAUAAGAAAGAAAUAUGCAUGUAUAACGUGUUUGCAGAUGCAAGACAAUUAGGCUACGGAGGGUACGUUGAAUUGAACAACUCUCAGUGCCCUUCAAAAAAUACACUAGGUGAUGACGUCAUGGGGCGUCGCAAAAGUCAAGGUUUUGAUAACCAGUCAGAUGUUUACUGUAAGCAUGAUGCACAAGCAGGUAACGUAUUCUCAGAAAUUGAAUACAAAGAUGAUAGCUUGUCCCCGGAAGCGGACAUUAUAAGUAAUUCUGGAGUAUUUGGAGGCGUAAAUGCCGAUCACGUAUUCCCGGAAGUGAAUACGAUAUUAGAAUCCCCGGAAGUGGAUAGUGGUAUAGUACCAAACAGAUGCACGUUCCCGGAAGUGGACAAAAUUUCUAAUAUGAUAACCUCGGAAAAGGUUGAUUACAAACAUUUACAUCAACGUGAGUCAUUUAAUACCAAAUCGGAAGUACAAAUGUAGUUGGUAUUUCAACUGGUAGUGGUAAGUCCACAUUUACAAAUUCAGAAGUAAUCGGAUCAUGGUCAAAAAUGGAACAGGGCCAUAGUUCGACUUGGCGUGAGGCCGAAGCCGUAAGUAGAGUACUGCGCUCACACGAAGAGGCGCUUAAAGGUUCUUAUGUGAAAGUAUACUCAGACAACAAAAAUGUCUCUUCAGUGCUUUUAAACGGUAGUAAUAAAAACAAUAUACAUAAAAUAGCUGUAGAUCUGAAUAAAUUUUGUGAUCAAAAUUGCAUUGUACUUUGUCCAGAGUGGAUUCCACGGGAGCUUAACACAGAGAGUGACUAUUUAAGCAGAUGCUCUGAUUCAGAUGACUGGUCAAUAUGUCCGAGUAUAUUUAAGGAAUUAGAUCGUAAAUGGGGUCCUCAUACAAUCGACAGAUUUGCGUCACAUUUAAAUAACAAAUGCAGUCGAUUUAAUUCCCGUUGGUGGGUACCCGGGACAGAAGCGGUUGAUGCUCUAAUGCAGUCCUGGGGCUCCGAACUUGAAGUGAACUGGUUAGUUCCACCACCUAGACUUGCAUUAGCAUGUAUAAGAAAAUGUCUGAAAGAAAAAGCUGUUAGUACAUUGACUGUACCAAAGUGGGUCAGUGCGCCGUAUUGGCCGUGGUUGUUUGAAGAGCAGAGAGGAUUCAAACCAUACAUACACGAGGUUCGAGUUAUUGGCAAAAAUUGCAUUAUUUCAGGCAAUGGCAAUAACGGCAUUUUUGGAAAAAGUGUCUUACCAUUUGAUAUGGUAGCAUUCAAAUUUGUACCAUAAUAUAUAGCAUACGGUAUAAUAAGAUAUCAUGCAGUACUAAUGUAUUUAUUUCUUUAUUAGGUGUUGACUUAGUUACCACGCUGAAAAGGAAAGCCGAUGAAGCCGGAUUUAUAGAGAACUCGACUCAUAUGGCAGAAAAAAUGGCUAGUUACUUACUACAAUCCAAAGCAGAUAACACUGUAAAUAAAUAUUUCAAUUCGUUUACACAAUUUGAAAAAUUCUGCCACAAAAAUAAACUCGUUUCCAAACCGGCACAUCCCUUCACGGUUGGGCUUUAUUUCACCAGUUUAAUGGACGAAGGAAAAUCUAAUCACGUUGUGACAUCAGCUUUUUACAGUAUUAAAUGGGUACAUAACAUUAAUGAUAUGGAGGAUCCGACAGAAAGUCCUGUUGUGAAACAAUUACUAGAAGCAGCCAAGCGUACACACUCCAAACCAGUAUGUAAAAAGGACGUUGUAUCUACUCAUGAACUGCAUUCUUUGUGUUCCAUGUUCAUUGACAGUGAUGAUAUAUGUAUUUUAAGGGACUUGUCUAUGAUUAUGAUUACCUACGCAGGUUUUAUGCGAAUUAGUGAGGUAUUGAACUUAAAAUGUAAAGAUGUGCGUUUCAGUGAAGAUCACGUGACAAUAUAUGUAUCGAAGAGCAAAACUGAUAUUUAUCGUAAUGGUUCAGAUAUAGUUAUUUCAAAGGGCAGCACUUCGGCGUGCCCGUAUGUCUUGUUACAGAAAUAUAUGAACGCCGCAAAUUUGAAUGAUAAGCCUGACGAAUUUUUAUUUAAACCAGCUUUAAGGUCGAAAAAUGUUGUAUCUCUUGUAAAGGUUAACAAGCCUCUUAGUUAUACUAGAGCUAAGGAAUGUAUUGUAAGUAAAUUAAAAUUAGUUGCACCAAAUAGAAAUCUUGGUACGCAUUCUCUCAGAGCCAGUGGUAUCACUGAAGCAGCUAAAAGUUCUGAUAUCUCUGAAAGAUGUCUAAAGAGACAUGGGAGGUGGAAGUCUGACAUUGCCAAAGAUGGUUAUGUUAAGGAUUCAAUUGAGAAAAGGCUCGCGGUUUCAAAAAAGCUCGAUUUAUAAUAGCGUUAGCAAUUGUUCAUACAUAAAGAGCAUUGAAUUUGAAGAUAUUUCCCAAUCUAUACUUUGCUUGUUCUAUAGUCGUUUCGCAAAUCGCAAACGGAGUUUGUCUUUUGUUUGUAAGGAAGGUAGUUAGGACUAUUUGUACUCUGCGGCACAUCGUGUAGCAGAGUACCGUUGUCCUCACGGACACUGAUUUACAAACCGGUUUGACUGGUAUUGUUUGUUAGAGCGUAUAGUGAGAUACGUAAGAGGAUUAGAUACAUGUUUAAAUCAGUUCUAGCGAUACUCUAAUUGUGGCUUCAAAUUCAAUGCUCUUUUACAGGAGUAAAACGCACAAAUAAGCGUUAUGUAUAAUGAGUAUUUGCAUGCUUACAUAGAAUGUUCAAAGUAUCAUACUUAUUUAAGUGUUUAAGACUAUUUAUCUGCAUGUUUACGUACAGUGUUCAAAGUAUCAUAGUUUACUUUUUUGAAAGCUUUAACAUACAUGUGAAAUUGUAAUAAAGAUUGUUUUUGUAGUGUAUAGAAGUAUAAACUGUCCGAGUAUUCGGAAAUAUCCAAUUUAUAUCAGUGUGCAGUUUAUGGUAUCACGCAAAGGUUUAUUUAGGAAAUACUUAAUGUAAUUGAAACCGUAACAUGUAAUACUGUUAUUUUAUAGAGUAGGCACACUAUUACAAUAUGUAUUCAUAAAUGUAUCAAAAUGUCAUGAAACGAGAAUAUCCCGCCGUUUCUUGUCCGGAGAGAUGUCCAAGCCAGCCGCGGGUACAGGGUUCCAGAGGGUUUUUUACUCAAAGAGUUUUAUCUCUGGUUUUACCUGUGCAGCUAGAGGUCUCGUCGAUGGGCAUAUCAGACAUAUAUAUUUUAACAUUAUAAACAUGAAAUUUUGUCACUGUUAAAGUAUGAAAAUAUUUGAUGUCAUUGAUAUCUUAAAUUAUUGUAACAUAGUGAAUAUUACAUGCAUAGUGAAUAUUACAUGCAUAAGUACACAUGUCAUUAUUUCAUGCAUAUGAGUUUGGUUCACUAUUACAGUGACUUAGAUUUUACAUGUUAUUGUACGCAAUGAUACUUGUAAUGACUUCUUAACUCUUGUAAUAAUGUCGUCACAAUAUAGUCGUUUCGCAAAUCGCAAA